ACACAGAUCCCCUCCCAACACCAUUUUUAUGCGACCGAAAAUUGAAAUCCAGCCGCUAAUUAUGCAGCGUGCGGCCUUCCGCCGUUCCCCGUCAUCAUCUUCUUCCUUCGGCGGCGGCGUCGUGAAGACUGCGGUGGAGGAGACCCCGGUGGUGGUGAUCAGCCGGCGAGGAUGCUGUAUGGCCCACGUCGUAAAGCAUCUCCUUCGAGCGCUCGGGGUGAGUCCGACGGUGUGGGAGAUCGCCAGAGAGGAAGAGGAGACGGCGCUGAUGGUGGAGCUCGGCGAGAUGGGGCCCACGGGAGAAGAUGCAGGAGGUUUUGCCGUGACCUUACCGGUGGUGUUUAUAGGCGGGAGGUUUGUCGGGGGGUUGGAUCAGCUGAUGGCGGCGCACAUUACAGGGGAACUUGUUCCCAACCUGAAGGAGGCUGGAGCUCUGUGGUUGUAGAACAGGGAUGAUUUUGUUGUUCUGUUUUUUGGGCGAAUGUGUAAAAUAUAUAGAUUUUUGGGGGAUUUACA